GUCGAUGUGGUGGUACCAGUUUCGGCUGUUCCCAAACGGCGCAGUAUCACAAUCCAGGAGGAUGAGUCACAGCGCAGCUCCACCGUGAAUUCACCUGCUAAAGAAAUCACCCGUCGUGGACGACAUUUUUCUUAUCAUGGUGAUAGCAGCAGCAGCACCAGCACUGGUGGCAGCGAAGCUUCCAAAAUGCAUGCGUACAGAGCAGCACUGCUCUCCGGUUUGGGCGGUGGUAUUUUGAGCAGUAAAAAAGUACCAGAACCGGGAACCGUUGUCCUCCAUCCACGUAAUCCACGUCCUGGCCAUGACUGUAAGCACCGGAAUAUCGUUCGUCGGGGUGAGUACUGCAGUCCGGAUUGUGAUAAAUGCCCGAAAUGGGGUGCACCGGAAUGCCUGUACGGACGACAUCGCAUCGAUCUGGCCUACUGCGAUCUGUGUCCUCAUUACGGUGCUCCGGGCUGUAUUUUCGGCGGUGAAUCAGUGUUCGGUCGACGAAAGCGACCCGAAAAGGAUUCGCAGGAGAUGACCGAAAUCAGUAAGGCAUUUGGAUAG